AUGGAGCGAGAUGACUUCUUUGACGUAUCAUGGGAACCUGGUCCUCUACUAAGUCGAGACGGUUUGGGCGAACCAGAAACUCGUGCGAGGAGGCUGCACCGAAUUUUCAGCGGCAGAACAGGAAGGGAGAGUUCUUCACAACUUUUACCAGCAUAG